AUGGAAGGAAAACUUAGCACCAUUAGAGUCAUGUUCCCAAAUGUUACCUCUGAACACGCAUUGGACGCUCUCAAGAGCAGCAACUGGAACAUUGAUCAAACCGUCGAUUUAUUGUUGGCCGAGAUCGAAGCUGCCGAGAUGGAAAGAAGAGAAAAGGUGGUCGCUACUAGAAAGCAAGACAUCGUCUACCCACCACCACCCCCACCACCAGUUACCAACGCCUGUUUGGAUGAAGAGAGUGAACGUAUCUUGAAUGAAUUCUUGUUGAUGGAGAAGCAACAACAACAACAACAACAUGUUAGCAUCCCAGCAUUUGUUCCACCAGCUGUCGCUGUGUCUGUUCCAGCCAUUGCAAACAUGCCAGUUGAAAGCGACAAGUGGUCUCAAGUACCAGCUGUCGUACCACCCGCCACUGCCGCUUCGGUCAUUCCAGCCAAGCUUGCACCCAUCUCCACCCCAGUUGUCGUCCCACAACGUCUUGUUCCAUCGAUUGCCAUCAAGGAGGAAGCCAUCUCGCUCCCCGAACCAUUGGUUGCCCAACGUAUCGACCAAGAACAAUUGGAAAGUGCUCAACGCGACAUCACCCUCCUCCAAUCCAUCUCCAACACUUUGCGUGAACUCGAAAACGAAAUCAAGAGCAUCAACUUCCUCGGUGGAGUCAAGGAAGAGUCUGAGCAAGAAGUCGCCAAGCUCGAACACAACAUCGACCAAGUCAUUGCCAACCAAGAAAAGUAUGGAGGCGACUCUUUGGACAACGACAUGGCCAACCACAAGAAACCAAAUGAAAUCGUCAUUCACCACCACUGUCUCGAAGGAGAGGAAGAGGAAAAGAGAGAGAUGCCAAAGAAGUUGGUCGAAGAUAUCGAACGUGCCAUCGAGCAAAUGGAAUCUUAUUUCAACGUAUCACUCGAACGUACUGAAAAGGCACUCAAAUCGAUCAAGGAGGAAAUCGACAGUUGGAAGAUCAAGGACAACGUCUUGAGAGUUGGUGGUACCAUCAAGAGAGAGUUUGAUGACAUUAUCUCAUCCAUCACUAGAUACAUCAACCCAAUCGUCACUGAAGAACAAAAGAAGGAAAGAGCCGAAAAGAAGAUCAGCCUCGAAAACAGACUCCAACAACUCCGUUCACGUAACAAACAAAUGGAAGAGGAAAGAAUGGCUGCUAUCGCCAUUGCUACCAACUCUGCUGUCCUUGUUGCUCCAGUCGUCGCUGAACCAGCUCCAGUCGUCACCGUCUCUCAACCAGCUCCAACCGUCUCUAUCCAACCACCAUCCAUGGUCCAAGCAUCAUCUCUUCCACAAGGUUAUUAUUAUUACAACGUUAAUCAACCAAAUGUUUACUAUUUCCAACCAAACCCACUUCCAAAUGCUCAAUAA